AUGUGUGAAAGCUCUAAUUUGAUCUCUCAUCCACUUUUAAAAGCUGUCUACAAAGGAUGCCGUAAGGAGUUUCUAAAACUUAUAAAACAAGGAUGUGAUAUAAACCUGCAGGAGCACGGCUGGACGUCUUUGCUUCUUGCUACAGAACGUGAACAUGUUGAUAUCGUGGAGGAGGUUUUAAAGUAUAUAUCUAUUAACAUAGAUUGUACGAUCAAAGGGUGGACGUCACUAAUGCUGGCGGCAAAAAAUGGAAAUAUAAAUAUCUUUCAGCUACUUGUUGAAAACAAUGCUAAUUUAAAUAAAAACAUUUGUGGAUGGGAUGCUCUAAAAAUUGCAUGUUAUUUUGAGCAAGUUACUGUGGUGGAAUAUCUGCUGACGAUAAAAAAUAAGAUUGAUUUAACUCCAUACGAAAAUGAAUGGAGUCAUCUACAUAUCGCAUCUAUAAAAGGGUUGAGUGUUUUGGUAAACGAGCUUGUUAAUGACACACCUCUUGUUGAAUAUAGAAUUCAAGGCUGGACGCCUCUAAUGCUAGCCUCAUUUUAUGGCCAUCACAAUAUAGUGCAGCUGUUGGUAGAAAAUGGAGCUGACAUUAAUCGCAAAACUUACAAUGGAUACAGUGCUUUGCUAUUGGCGUUACAAAAUGGUUGGAAGGAAGUGGUAGAUAUUUUACUGUCUGAUGAGAGUUUAUUCUUAGAUUAUGAUCCAGACUUUUUGUUUAUGCUGUGUACAUUAUCACACGAUGCGGGUUUACGGUCGGAAAUAGAUGACAAAAUAAACCAUUCUAAAAGAAUUCCAGAUCUUCACAUGUCAGAAUGGACAAAACGAUUACGUUGUCAUUGUCAAUUAAUACUGAAAAUUCUUGACAAUCAACUGUAUGCAAAUGUAAUACAAAGUACAUAUUUGUUUCAAUCAGGAGUGUUGGGGUGUGAAUAUAUGCUGCAGAGAGCAUUAAAACAAAAUUUCGAUUUAAACACAACUUUUGACAGUAGAACAGCGUUGAUGAUGGCUUCAGAAAACAGACAUUACACUUAUGUAAAAUAUUUAAUGUCACUAAAUGCCGAUAUAAAUCUAGUUGAUGAGAACGGAUGGAACGCUCUUAUGUUUGCCUCCAACAACGGGCACAAGGAAGUUGUCAAACUUUUACUGAUAAGUGGAGCAGAUGUUAACGUUCAGGAUAAAAAUGGCUGGACAGCUUCCAUGCUUGCAGCUAGUAACGGGUUUAUAGGGGUCGUCAAUGUCCUAAAACGGCACAGAGCUGACUUGACACUUAAACAAAAGGAUGGGUGGAAUGCUCUCAUGUUAGCUGUUUAUUAUGAAAGGAUUAAACCAAGCUCUGCUGAACUAUUACCUUUUUUAGAAUAUCGCAAAUGGUGUGCUCAUGAUCUGAACAGUUUGAUGAUAAUAGCAUUACAUUUCAAUCACGUACACUUAAUUCGAUUUAUAUGUUAUAACAUUAGCUUUCCUGAUUUCUUUUCUGGUAAUAUAACUCCUUUAAUGUAUGCAGGAUUGUGUGGUAAAAUUGAAACGUUUCAGUUACUAAUUACUCUAGGCGCCAAUAUAAACUUAAGCAAUAAAUAUGGUCUGACUGUUUUAAUGUGUGCAGAGUUGGGAGGUCACGAUGAAAUUGUGAGACAAAUUAAAAAUAAAGCUAAUUAUGUAAACCACACAAAGAUUUACAAGUGGGAAGAAUUUAUUGCUGCAAUACAUGAACAAGAUGCUCCUGUUUCGUCUCUUAUAUUUGAACCUGACAGUUUCUUACCCCAGCUGUUUAAUGCUAUUCAAGUAGCUAUUGAUAUGCGAAUCCACGGUGUUUUAAAUAUAUUACACAGUUUAUGCCAACCUGAGUACAUAUACAUCAAUGGAAACGAUCAUUUGUUGAUGGCAAGUUCCACUGGAAAUCACAACACUGUUCUGUUUUUAAUCCAAAUAAAAUAUGAUGUUAAUGAAAUAAACCACGUAAGGUCUACUGCUUUAAUGUUAGCAUCACAAAAUGGACAUUUAAAUGUAGUGCAACUUUUGGUUGAAUCAAAUGCUGACCUAAAUCUGAAAAACUACCUAGGUAAGACAGCUUUAAUGUUGGCUUUAGAGAAAGGGCAAGUUCAUGUGGUGAGGUAUUUGAUAUCAGCAGGAUGUGAUGUAAAUGUGAUAGACAUGGAAGGCGCAAAUGCUUUAAUGCUUGCUACAGAGUUUGGUUAUAUAGACAUCUUUGGUAUGCUUGUUUCAAAGCAAGCAGACAUUUUUCAGGAUAAUGAAAAUGGUUACGAUGCUCUUAUGCUGGCGAUAAAGAAUAACCAUUUCGAAAUUGUAUCUGCUCUGUUACGUAACAACGUGUGUAUUGAUGAAUUUAGAAGUAUUGACUUAAAUUAUGCGCCAGUGAAUGAAAAUUCUAAUAUCAGUGAUAGCAUAAUUUCGUUGAAAAAUGUCACAGCCGAUUGCCAACCCUCUCAACGUGAAUGCUACUCUCCACUGAUGUUUGCAUCUUACUUAGGACAUGCCGAGUCUGUACAAGUUUUACUGGAAGAAAGUUUUAAAAUAUCACCAGACAAACAUGAACAAUACGUGAAAGCUAAGAAUGAGAGGGGAGACAAUGCUUUAACUUUAGCUUUAAAAUACGGACAUUCUAAUGUAGCUGAAGUAUUACUCAAAGACAGUACAGAAUACGAGGAAAAAGAAGCGUGGAAUGUGUUUAAAAUGUUGUGUGAAUAUAAUCAGUACGAGUUAUUGAAGAAGCUGGUGGCUAGAUGGUGUUGUGAUUUUAAUAAGUUUAAUAAGAAAGGAUUAAACGUAUUGAUGAUAGCAGUUAUUAUGAUGGAUUUUGUUGCUUUUAAGACCUUGAUUAAGCAUGGAAGUAAUUUUGCCUGCUUUCACAAAUUCGGAAUAAAUUUCGAAAGUGUACUUACCAUAUUAAACACAUCAUCUGUUUUUGAAGCCAACUUAUUAGAGCUUAUUUAUAAGAAGGUAUCCACAGUUAUAUCGGAUCCCACUGGUAAUACAAAAUUUGUUUUAGAAGACUUCAAUCAACAUACUCCACGGACAACUACGAGGGAUAACAAGAUAAACUUGCGCUUGAUUAAUGAAGAGGGUUUGAACGUUCUAUUUAUUGCGGCAGAAGAUUUUAAAUUUGACUUCAUGUGGAUCUUGCUGUUGUUUGGAGUCGAAGCUCAACUUGCCGAUUUAUACAUUUGGCUCAGGUUAAUAAAACUUGUCAGUGAUGAAAGCGCUUGUCUCAACAACAAUUUCUUCCAACUUACUGCAGCAGAUUUGGCAACUUUCAUAGAAAAAGCGGGUAUUGAAAAAAUAUCUUACGUAUUACAAAUUUAA